AUGGCGCACCUACAAAAAGCCCGUGUCGUGAAGUACAAGUCGAACGAGGUUAAAAUUCCCGACAAUUUCCUUCAGGGCCCUUCACCAAUACCGGUCGUGUUGAAACCUGUUCCUUUCGCAUCUUCUUCUGUGCCAGAAUAUAAGAAAUGCUUCGCUGUGACGAUUGACAAUGUGCUCUCGCCAGAGGAGUGCUCUCAGCUAAAACAGCUUGCCGAACAAUCGGCGCUCCCGGCUGCUGAAGGCGACCCCAACCAGAGCGUCUGGAGACCUGCCACGGUAUCGCUCGCGCCCGGCCUCGAAGCUCCCGCUCCCGGAUAUAGAGAGAGCGAUCGAAUCGUGUGGGACAGCCAGGAGAUCAGCGACCGUUUGUGGGCGCGAUGUUGCCAAGCGGAGGGAUUGAAGGACCAGCUGGCUGUUAUGAGACAACGGUCUGGUCAAAAUCCUGGACGAUGGGAGUUUAGCCACAUAAACAAGAGAAUGCGCUUUCUAAAGUACUCUCCUGGUCAAUACUUUAGGCCACAUUGCGAUGGCCCCUACUAUUAUGAGGAGAAUGGGACGCGGUUCGAGACUCAGUAUACAUUUCAUCUUUACCUCAAUGAUUCAGCUGAGGUUUCACCGGAAAGCGAACUGGAGGGUGGUGCCACAAGCUUUCUGUCAUGGGACAAACAACGCCGGAUUGAUGUGAACCCCAAAGCGGGCAGCGUUUUAAUUUUCCAGCACAAAGGACUCCUCCAUGCGGGAAAUGAGGUAUUCAAGGGCGAGAAGUUCACAGUUCGAACAGAUCUUUUGUAUAAGUGGGUUGAAGAUAAACCCCCCGACGCUGCUUGA